AUGAAGAUUUGGAAUAAGGCUUAUAUGAUCCUCCUAAUUAAGAAAGUCCUAGCAGGACAAGGGUCUCUUUGGGUGGCUUGGCUCAAUUCUUAUGUUUUUAAGGACAAGAACUUCUGGUCAGUGGAGAUAAAACCUAGCACCAGCUGGUGCAUGAAGAGGUUACUGAAAAUGAGAAUGGAGGUGCAUCAAUUACUGUCUACAGGAGCUGCCACUGCUAGUUCCAUCUGGGAUUCAAUCAGAGAAAAGAGACCCACGGUUCCUUGGCAAAAACUGCUUUGGUACCCCAUGCACAUACCAAAAUAUAGCCUUAUCACCUUGAUGGCAUUUCUUCAUAGGCUCCCUACCAAGGUCCGGUUACAACGCAUGGGAGUGAUUAUUGAUUCUCAUUGUGUUCUUUGUUCUGCAGAACCUGAAUCAAGAGACCACCUCUUCCUUUUUUGUCCCACUGCAGCUUCCCUUUGGGAGUCCAUCUUCUCUUUAUCUGGAUUGAUUUUUUGUGCCUGCUCCUGGGGUGACUUCAUGACUCAGGCAUGUAUCAACUUGAAAGGCAAAUCCUUACUUUCCUUGAUUAUGAAAUUGGCCUUGAACACUUUAGUGUAUUUGUUAUGGGAAGAGAGGAACAAACGUCUGUUCCAAGGACGUUCAAGGACUGUUGAAGACUUACUUAAGGCUAUUAAAGAUGUUGUUAGACUUCACUUAAAGGGUAGGACUUUUAAUAGAUUGCUUACAGUGAAUUUUAACCUCUGCAACCACUGGAAUAUUACAGACCUUUGA